CUUACACAAACUUAGCUACUUUGCCUUCUCUCUCCUUUCUUUCUCUCUUAAGUUUGAGAGAUCAAGAGAAAGGAAGGAGAGAGAGAGAAAAGGAAAUCAAUAAGAAGAAAGACAUAUUAGCUGUAAAGAGAAACAUGGCCGUUUCCAGUGCUUCAUUCAGGGUGGUUACCUUCCUUAUCCUCAUCAUUGCAGCUCUCAUGACUGUGGCUUCUUCACAAGUCACUGCUCCAGCUCCUGCCCCAACAAGCGAUGGCACCACAAUUGACCAAGCAGUUGCAUAUGUUCUAAUGCUUUUGGCCUUGGUGCUGACCUAUAUCAUGCAUUGAGCCAUCAGUGGGCUACUGCUUUAUUUAUAAAUUGAUGGAUGGUCAUUUGGCAAAGAGAGAGAGAGAGGCAUUGGAGGACUGGGGAGGGUUAAAUUUUAUUCGAAUUCGGAUCUUAUUGUAAUAUCUUAAGAAUUCAAUAGUAUCUCCUAUUUCU